CUUCGCUGCCACUGGAGCUCCCUAGGGUGGUUUGCCUCCGUCUGUACAACCCACGAUCAGACUCUUUGCCUGGUCAUCCUCAGGCUGGGCUCAGUUUGGGAUCCCUCCUCUUUCCACGUGAAGCAAGUCUGCGAGUCUGGAGCAGGAAUAUGGGCCACCGCGGAGUGCAGACUUGAGAUCUUAGGAAGGGCAGGGGACCUCUGCUGGCAAGGAUGCCUGUGAGCCCAAGGAAGCACAGGGGCAGGCUGAAGAUCUCCGGAGCUCCCGGAGACUCUGCCAGAGCCAAACUCUGAGGCCAGAGCUGACCCCUCCCAAGGGGCAGGCGUAGGGCUCCGAGGUGGGCGGAAGCCAAGCCACCCAGAAGGGAGUUACUCCCGCCAGCUCAGAUUGCCCUGCAGUGCGCUCUCCCCAGGCUCUCGCGCAGAGACCAAGACCGUCCAGCCAGGCAAGUUCGAUCUGAGUUCCGUCUUCAUCUGGUCAAAGGCACCUUCCAGUCACUCAGCUAUCGGUGGGGGAAACUGAGGCAUAGAGACAUGACCACUGGGGACCAGGGGCUUGGUUCUCUAGUCUGGGUCACCACACCCUCCUUGCAGCCUUGGCGGUCCCAGAGCAGCGGCGGAGAGGAGUGGCCCUGCCCUGGAAGAAUGCGGCUCUGCCGAGGGGCCAGAACCCGACGCACUCUCCCCACAGUUUGAACAGCCCGAGCCCAGGCGACCGGACCACGCCGGUGGCAGACUCGGCCCCAGAGCAGCUGGAGGCCCUGCUCGAUCUGCGCAUCGGGGCCUUAGGGCCCGGGAUUCGACAUGCGGGAAGAGCCCCGGCCGCGGCCUCCGCCCUCGGGCCUCGCCGGUCUCCUGUUCCUGGCGUUGUGCAGUCGGGUCCUCGGCAAUGAGAUUCUGGGCUUGAAGCUGCCGGGCGGCGGCGAGCCGCCGCUGACCGCCAACACCGUUUGCUUGACGCUGUCGGGCCUGAGCAAGCGGCAGCUGGGCCUGUGCCUUCGCAGCCCCGACGUGACGGCGUCGGCGCUCCAGGGCCUGCACAUCGCGGUCCACGAGUGUCAGCACCAGCUGCGCGACCAGCGCUGGAACUGCUCGGCGCUCGAGGGCGGCGGCCGCCUGCCGCACCACAGCGCCAUCCUCAAGCGCGGUUUCCGAGAGAGCGCUUUUUCCUUCUCCAUGCUGGCUGCUGGGGUCAUGCACGCAGUAGCCACCGCCUGCAGCCUGGGCAAGCUGGUGAGCUGCGGCUGUGGCUGGAAGGGCAGUGGUGAGCAGGAUCGACUGAGGGCGAAACUGCUGCAGCUGCAGGCACUAUCACGGGGCAAGAGCUUUCCCCACUCCCUGCCCAGCUCGGGCCCUGGCUCUGGUCCCAGCCCUGGCCCCCAGGACACGUGGGAAUGGGGCGGCUGUAACCAUGACAUGGACUUCGGGGAGAAGUUCUCUCGGGAUUUUUUGGAUUCCAGGGAAGCUCCCCGGGACAUCCAGGCACGAAUGCGGAUCCACAACAACAGGGUGGGGCGUCAGGUGGUAACUGAAAACCUGAAGCGGAAAUGCAAGUGCCAUGGCACUUCGGGCAGCUGCCAGUUCAAGACAUGCUGGAGGGCAGCCCCAGAGUUCCGGGCAGUGGGGGCAGCCUUGAGGGAGCGGCUGGGCCGGGCCAUCUUCAUUGAUACUCACAACCGCAACUCCGGAGCCUUCCAGCCCCGCCUUCGGCCCCGUCGCCUCUCAGGAGAGCUGGUCUACUUCGAGAAGUCUCCUGACUUCUGCGAGAGAGACCCCACUGUGGGCUCCCCAGGCACGCGGGGCCGGGCCUGCAACAAGACCAGCCGCCUGCUGGACGGCUGUGGCAGCCUGUGCUGUGGCCGCGGGCACAACGUGCUCCGGCAGACCCGAGUCGAGCGCUGUCAUUGCCGCUUCCACUGGUGCUGCUACGUGCUAUGUGACGAGUGCAAGGUCACAGAGUGGGUCAAUGUGUGUAAGUGAGGGUCAGCCUCACUGCGGGGCUGGGGCAGGGGAGGGGCACCUUUGCAGCCUUUUGCUCUGAUUUCUGUCCAGGGUCAAUCUUGGCCCCUGGCAGCUCAGAGUGUCUACCUGGAAACAGCUUUGGGUCAGGUGGAGUCUGUGAUGUGUGGCUUUCUCCCCCACAGUAGGAGGGCCUUGUGGGGGAGCUGUGACCCUCUUCUGCUCCUUGAACAUCUGAAUGGAAUAAGAUGAACUGUGUUGCUCUCCCAGCCACCCAACCUGGGGUCCCUUUAACUCUCAUAUUCAUAUUCCUUUUGGCUGGGGAGUCCCUAUAAUUUGCCCACUCUUUUCUUCUGAGGGAUAGCCCCAGCAUUGUGUGGAGCCAUACAACCUGUAUCCAGAAAGAGACCUCUCACUCCUAUUUGCUGUUUCUAAACUCCUCUACUGCAGCCUGCACCCCAUCUUAGGGAGUCAUAGGAGCCAGUGGUAGAGAGGUUUUUCUUAGGGAAGGGACAGGGUGCAGGGCACUCAAAAACCGUGAAAGUUGUCUGUCAAGGCCCUUAGGGAAGCUGUCUGCCCCUAUUCAGAUGUUGAAGGGAAACCUCCAAAGGAGGAAUUUUACCCAAGACUCUCUGAGCCUCUUUUUCUUUCUUCAGCAGGAGGGGUGGGAAUGGAUAAUUUAUUGUACUGAGACUUGUUCUUGGUUCUUGUUUGUAAUAAAAAUAAAUUAAGUUCCUGGA